AGGCACAGCUGGAGACUGUAGGAAGACACAUGCCCAAGUGAGUCUCAAUCCCCUGAGACACCUACAAGAGGUAGAACACUGCAUGGCAAAGCAGCACUUGCCACAGGCACACCACUGGGUUCCUCUGGCAAGACUCUUCAGCAGCUUGCGGGGAAGAGUUUUAUCCCAGUCAGACAACUGUGCCUCAAAGUAUCAGGUUUUGCAUAAGGCUAAGACAUCUAUCCAGAAGCUGGAGCAAACCUUGUGUUCUUUGCUGAAGAUGAAAGCGAGCUGCAGUCUGGAGGAUGAGAGCCCAUCCAGCUUGGAGGAAGUCAGAGAGGAAUAUGUCAGGAGGCAAUUCGGCAGUCACAGCACUACAUCAGCCUCAGAAGAUAUGAGUGAAUGUGACUCUGCCAUCUGGUAUUUGCUUCAAGAAUGUGAAAAACAAACACUGGAAGAAUAUGGGAAGCCAGAACUGAUCCCGUUUUCAGACACUUUAUCCCCAGAUCUAGUGGAAUUUGAACGAUACCUGUAUUUUUAUAAGCACACAGUGGACCUGCUGAUGGAGCAUGGAAUUGUUUGCACUGGAGAGGUGCCUCUUCCUGAGGUCUCAACAGCUAUUUCCCAUCUCUGGCAAGAGCUUUCUGAAGAGAGCAGGGACAGCAUCUUGCAGUACUGUAGCCAGAGAGACUUCCUCAUGGAUCCCAAGGCUGUUUGCCCAGAGCCUGCUUGCACUGAAGGUAGUGUGAGGGACAGCGGAGGUAACAGUGAGGAAGCCAGUGGUUCCUCAGUCUCCACACCAGAGGAAGUGAUGUUUGAAGAUGCAUUUGAUGUUGCUGCUGGUUUCCUUGACAGAAGCAAGGCUCAGGGAAUGUCCAGCCAGAGUUCAGCAUUUGCAAGCUGCACUUCUGAAAAUCCAGAGGAUCACCAGAGACUCUAUGUGCAGGUCACUGACUUCCUAAAACACCUCUUCUUCGCUAAUACACAGUUUUGCCAGGAAGAAGAUCUUCACUAUGAUCAUGAGACCGUGAUGCUGCGGUGCACUGAGACCUUCGAUGAUGAAGAUUUCUAAGCAGUAUCUCCACUAAUGUUUUGCUAAGCACUGCCAGGUACACCGGGCACAUGAGGAGGCUUCACCUCUUUCAGUGAGCUACCUUGCUAAGCAGAGUGUGGAGACACUGUGUUGAAGUGGUUUGUUACCAUUGACUUCUUCCCUCAUUAGUACUUCAUGAUAUAUUGAGUAAUAUAUAUAGUUGAGUAAUUUAUACUUUUUUAAAGUUUUAAAGGUCUUAGCUAUUUAUUAAUAAAUGUUUUUAUCCAUUGCUAUUUAAUGUUCAGCCUCGCUUCACAAAGAAACUGAGGCAUGUGCAGUUAAGUGACCUUGCCUAGCAUAAGGUGUGGGAAGAGCAGCAGGGAGGCCAGACCAGAGGCUGUCUGCACAUUCCCACAGGAUGCAGGUCUCAAACUGCAACCUGCAAAAGUCACCUCCUGACAGUGAUUACUUUUCUGGGGCAAUUUUUCAUCUUGGGUUGACAAGGAAAGAAGGAUUUCCUCACAGAGAGUGGGAUGAGGCUCUUCUAUAUCUUUAUGAGGACAGCAGCAAUGAGCACCCACUCUCCUGUCACCCAGAAAAGUGCAGGCACAGUAAUACACUUUGGAUUAUUUACUUUUGUGAAGCGUGUAAAGCCAAGUGAUCAGUCCUGUGCUCUUCUUCCACAUCUAAUUCUUGGAUGAAUAGUGCUGCUCAGAUAGUGUCUUGGAAUUAAAAGUGCUGUGAAAUUGAAUAAAGUCCUUCAUAUCUCUUGAGUUAUCAUUAAAGGCUCUCUGCAGACUUGAAUUUGUGUUCUGAUAGGGUUUAUGCUGAGAUCAUGCUACCAGCCAUCACAAACAGAAAGGAUGGAAGUUUUAUUUUAGAACCUAAACUAAAGCUGGUGUGCCUAGCUAUUCAACUUCAGCAGCCAGCUUUUACACUGAGUCCAAAAGGCCUGGACUCUGGCCCAGCAUUGCCUUGGUGCAUAAAAGCAUGAUACAUUCAGGCAAAAACAUGUGGAGCUGAGUACUGAAGUACAAGGGAAGAAUAAACACUACAGAGCCCUUUCUGUCCUUGCAGUUGAAACUGUAGUAGCACCCCCAGAUGAAUGUUUGCCACACUGCUGGGUUUGAAAGUGGGGGUGCAGGGGUCCUGUUUGUGUUUAAGAGCUCUCCAGAGUUCUCCAGAUUGCAGCCUGGUUAUUCCCCAGCCUUUCCAGUGUGCUUCAUUUAUACAGGCUGGCAUUGCCUUCAGGCUAGAAGCAUUGUAAUGAU